AUUAAUUUUCCGAUCAGCUGAUAGAAAAGACGUCAGAACAUGUUUUGACGGUUUUUUUGGUGCGUGUCCGGCCGUACAGCCUGUACAGGUGACGUGCAAGUUUGAUGCAACAUCAUAAAUUCGCCGUGUAAUAUUUCUGGGCUCUUUUUGAUCGACCUUCAGCAGCAGCAGCAAGCAGCUCGUCGAAAACCGUAGUGUCGAAACUCGAACCUCUUUAAACAGUGCCAACGGGCAACGAAUCUGUCACCUACUGUCUGUUGGAUUAUUUCCCGUCUCAGUCGCAUUAUCUCCUCCAGUCUCCACUGUACUAAUCCUCAUUGGUUCAUUUUUACUCUGCAAUGAUGAAUUCCAGCAAACUCCUGCGUCUCCCCGUGCAGCUGGCCUCUUUCUGCAAGCCCCCUUGCGCGGUUCUGGGUACCCCUGCACGCGCUCUGCACACGGCCUUCCCCGCGACCCAGACGCAGCGCCAAGAGAAAUCCGGUGGGGAUUUCGGAGUGACGAAGGAGAAACGCUUGGGCGAUGACUUCCUAACCCCUGGACACGUUAAGGCGGGCAUGGCGCCCCACGGGGACUGGGGCAGUGAGCGGGGGGAGCCGCGGGCGCAGCAUCAGCACGAGACGCGCUGGCCGUUGUCGGUGCUGACGGAAGAGGAGGAGCAGAUGAAGAACAUAGUGCGGAAGUUCGCCGAGGAGAAAGUGCGGCCGUUCGUGCGGGAGAUGGACGAGAAGUCGGCGAUGAAGCGGGAGAUUAUCGACGGGCUGUUCCAGCUGGGUCUGAUGGGCAUCGAGAUUGAGCCGGAAUUCGGCGGCACCGGCUCCACCUUCAUGGUCAGCAAUCUGGUCAUCCAGGAACUGGCCCGCGUCGAUCCGUCCGUCAGUGUCUUCUGCGAUGUGCAGAACACCCUGAUGAACACGCUUUUCCGCAUCCACGGAAAUCGGCAGCAGAAGGAGAAAUACCUGCCGCGUCUAGCCACCAAUAUGGUGGGUAGUUUCUGUUUGUCGGAGCCGGAAUCCGGCUCGGACGCUUUUGCCCUGAAGACGCAGGCCGUCAAAAUGGACGGCGAUUACGUGUUGACGGGAUCGAAAAUGUGGAUCACCAAUGCAGAACAUGCCGGUGUUUUUCUCGUUUUUGCCAAUGCUCGCCCAACCGACGGCUACAAAGGCAUCACCUGUUUCAUUGUGGAUCGCGAUACGCCGGGAUUGACCAUCGGGAAAAAAGAGGAUAAACUCGGCAUCCGUGCCAGCAGUACCUGUCCGGUGCAUCUGGACCAGGUGCGCGUGCCAGCCGCCAACGUCCUGGGCGAAGUGGGACGCGGCUACAAGUAUGCCAUCCAGGUGCUGAACGAGGGCCGCAUCGGCAUCGGCAGUCAGAUGUUGGGACUGGCGCAAGGCUGCUACGAAUCCACCCUGGCCUACGUGCAGGAACGCCGGCAAUUCAACCGCCCCUUAUACCAAUUCCAGGCCAUGCAGCACCAGAUGGCGCAGAUCGCCGUGGAGAUCGAAGCGGCUAAACUGCUAAUCUACAACGCGGCGCGUCUGCGGGAGCAGGGCAUGCCGUACAUCAAGGAGGCGGCCAUGGCCAAGCUGUACGCCAGCCAGGUGGCCACGGCCACCACCUCCAAGUGCAUCGAGUGGAUGGGCGGGGUGGGCUACUCCAAGGAGUACCCCGUGGAGAAGUACUACCGCGACUGCAAGAUCGGCACCAUCUACGAGGGCACCUCCAAUAUCCAGCUGAAUACCAUUGCCAAAGCGGUGGAGGAGGAGUUUAAACAGGGAAUCAGGAUGUGAACGGGAUCUGAAUGGUGCACACGUUGUAGUUGUUGUGUAAUUUUAUGCUUUCAAGGGGAGAUUUAUUGUGUUGCACUGCGGAGGGAUGGUGGGGGUUGCGGAUUGUUGGAAAGGUCAAGAGUUUGCGCACUGUGUGACGUUAUAAUUGUUUAUGCUUACGGUAUAAAUUUUUAUUAUUAUUAUGGACUGAUACAGUACAGAGUAUGUGCGGGCUCCGUUGAUGUUGAGAAUCUGAAAUGUUAUUAGCUGACGCUUUGUUGAGUCGGAGUAGUUGCACCGGGCCGCAGCGUACUCUGUACAAGAACUGAAUACGAUAUUCUGGUGAAACUAAACUGAAGCAUAAAUAUUGAAACGAUGC